AUGUUCAUAUUCCAAGCAAUUGUAAUAGUUUUCUUAACGUAUUUAUUGUGGUCACGUCGCAAAUUGUACAAAUUAUCAUGGCAAUUGUCGGGACCAUUUGCCUUUCCAAUCGUUGGAAAUGUGUUGUCUAUGCGGCAAAAUAAAUUGCAUUCAUACAUUGAUCGAUUGUCAAAAAAAUACGGGAGUCCGUUUCGUUUGUGGUUUGGUCCGAUGUUGGUCGUCUUCAUUACGGAUGCCGAAAAUGUGGAAAUUCUACUGAAAUCCAAAGACUGUUUGAGUAAACCGGAAACAUUUUAUAGGACGAUCAAAGAUGGUCUAGGCGUGGAUGGCUUGGUUACAUUGAAAGGCGAUGAAUGGAAAGUACACAGACGUUUGGUCAGUCCAACAUUAAGUCAACACAGUGUAAACGCACAUUUACCAGUUUUCAACGAAAAUAUUCGCAAAACUAUUACAAACCUGCCGAUAAAUGGAGAUUUUUUCGAUAUUCUACCGUCAAUAGCCAAGUGCAAAAUGACUAUGUUUGUCGAAGCAGCGUUGGGCAGCGAUUGGGAACCCGAAAUGAAACAAAGAUACUUACAUCAAUAUGUUGCAGGCGUUGAAAUUGUGGCAAAGCGAAUUUUACAACCAUUGUUUCAUUUCGAUUUCGUUUGGAAUUUCACUGCAGCUGCCAAACGUUUGAAAGAGUACAAUGAAUACGGUCAUCAGUUGUUUGAAAAAAUGUACUACAAUGAAUUCAAAAAUGAAGAUGACAGUGGAACAUUCAUGAAAAGACUUAUAGAUGUAUCAAAGAUCAACCCGAAUUUUAUGAAAGAAGAUAUUUUUGCGGAGACGGCUACAAUUUUAACUAGUGCCACAGACACCACGUCCACAUCGUCUGCAUAUGUCGCUUUAUGCUUGGCCAUGCAUCCGGAAUACCAAGAAAAAGUGUUUCAAGAGAUUUUAGCCGUAAUGCCGGAUAAAAAUGCGAAUCUGUCACAAAUCGAUCUUGAUAAACUCACGUUCCUCGAACUUUGCAUUAAAGAAACUCUGCGCUUAUUUCCAACGGUUCCUCUGAUUGGACGUGUUGCUAGCAAACCCAUUAAAUUGAGCAAUAAUGUUGAGAUUCCUCCAGGUGUUCCGCUGGUUUUCGGGUUGCGACAAACUCAAAUACAAGAAAAAUACUACGGUCCAACCGCAAAUAUGUUCGAUCCAUAUCGAUUUUUAGAUGAAAACAUGAAAAAUGUACCCGCAGCUGCGUAUAUUCCAUUUAGCUAUGGACCCAGAAAUUGUAUUGGGUAUUACUACGCAAAAGUAGCUGUAAAAUGUUUCGUCGCUCAUUUAGUCCGGAACUACCAUUUGACAACCACUUACACGAGUAUUGAUCAACUGGAAUUUGUGAAAAUUGUCAGCUUGAGAUUAGUCAAAAAGCAUUUGAUUAAGUUAGAACCAAGACCAUAA